GGCGGACCCGAGGCGCGGCGCUCGGGGGCCAGGCGUCUAACGUCGAGAACCCCAAGCCUCUCGGGAGGCGGGGCGGGCGGCGCCGAGAAACAGCGGCUGCGGGCGGGAGCCGCGAGAGUGAGCGACGCUUAGCGGGCCGCCACCGCCGAGCAGCCCUCCGGCCGUCCCCGCGUCUGUCCGCCUGCGUGUCCUCCGCGCAUCCGCGGCGGGUCCGGCGGCCGAAUGCAGCCCCGCAGCGAGCGCCCGGCCGGCAGAACGCAGAGCCCGGAGCACGGCAGCCCGGGGCCCGGGCCCGAGGCGCCGCCGCCGCCACCGCCGCAGCCGCCGGCCCCGGAGGCGGAGCGCGCGCGGCCCCGGCAGGCGCGGCCCGCGGCCCCCAUGGAGGGCGCCGUGCAGCUGCUGAGCCGCGAGGGCCACAGCGUGGCCCACAACUCCAAGCGCCACUACCACGACGCCUUCGUGGCCAUGAGCCGCAUGCGCCAGCGCGGCCUCCUGUGCGACAUCGUCCUGCACGUGGCCGCCAAGGAGAUCCGCGCGCACAAAGUGGUGCUGGCCUCCUGCAGCCCGUACUUCCACGCCAUGUUCACAAAUGAGAUGAGCGAGAGCCGCCAGACCCACGUGACGCUGCACGACAUCGACCCUCAGGCCUUGGACCAGCUGGUGCAGUUUGCGUACACGGCGGAGAUCGUGGUGGGCGAGGGCAACGUGCAGACGCUGCUCCCCGCCGCCAGCCUGCUGCAGCUGAACGGUGUCCGCGACGCCUGCUGCAAGUUCCUGCUGAGUCAGCUGGACCCCUCCAACUGCCUGGGCAUCCGCGGCUUUGCCGACGCGCACUCCUGCAGCGACCUGCUCAAGGCGGCCCACAGGUACGUGCUGCAGCACUUCGUGGACGUGGCCAAGACCGAGGAGUUCAUGCUGCUGCCCCUGAAACAGGUGCUGGAACUGGUGUCUAGCGACAGCCUGAAUGUGCCUUCAGAAGAGGAGGUCUACCGCGCCGUCCUGAGCUGGGUGAAACAUGACGUGGACGCCCGCAGACAGCACGUCCCACGGCUCAUGAAGUGUGUGCGGCUGCCUCUGCUGAGCCGUGACUUCCUGCUGGGCCACGUGGAUGCCGAGAGCCUGGUGAGGCACCACCCCGACUGCAAGGACCUCCUCAUCGAGGCUCUCAAGUUCCACCUGCUGCCGGAGCAGAGGGGCGUCCUGGGCACCAGCCGCACGCGGCCCCGGCGCUGCGAGGGGGCCGGCCCAGUGCUCUUCGCCGUGGGCGGUGGGAGCCUGUUUGCCAUCCACGGAGACUGUGAGGCCUACGACACGCGCACUGAUCGCUGGCAUGUGGUGGCCUCUAUGUCCACGCGCAGGGCCCGGGUGGGCGUGGCUGCCGUGGGGAACCGGCUGUAUGCUGUGGGCGGCUACGACGGGACCUCAGACCUGGCUACCGUGGAGUCCUAUGACCCCGUGACUAACACGUGGCAGCCGGAGGUGUCCAUGGGCACGAGGCGAAGCUGCCUGGGUGUGGCUGCCCUGCACGGGCUCCUGUACUCGGCCGGCGGCUAUGACGGGGCCUCCUGCCUGAACAGUGCCGAACGCUACGACCCCCUGACUGGAGCGUGGACGUCCGUUGCUGCCAUGAGCACCCGGAGGCGCUAUGUGCGUGUGGCCACACUCGAUGGGAACCUGUACGCCGUGGGCGGUUAUGACAGCUCCUCUCACCUGGCCACCGUGGAGAAGUAUGAGCCCCAGGUGAACGUGUGGUCGCCUGUGGCGUCCAUGCUGAGCCGGCGUAGCUCGGCAGGCGUGGCCGUGCUGGAGGGUGCCCUGUACGUGGCAGGGGGCAACGAUGGCACCAGCUGCCUCAACUCGGUGGAGAGAUACAGCCCCAAGGCUGGCGCCUGGGAGAGCGUGGCACCGAUGAACAUCCGCAGGAGCACACACGACCUGGUGGCCAUGGAUGGCUGGCUGUAUGCGGUCGGGGGCAACGAUGGCAGCUCCAGCCUCAACUCCAUCGAGAAGUACAACCCGAGGACCAACAAGUGGGUGGCCGCCUCCUGCAUGUUCACGCGGCGAAGCAGUGUGGGCGUGGCGGUGCUGGAGCUGCUCAACUUCCCGCCGCCGUCCUCGCCCACGCUCUCCGUGUCCUCCACCAGCCUCUGACCCAACCACCGCCAGAGGCCCACGGCCUCCCACAUGCCUUAAGGGGGCCACGGCCCCCACCAGGGACGUCCCGCGCCAUCUGUCGCAUCACCCGUCCGUUCCUUUUUGUCUGUUUAGUUGUUUAUUUAUUUACGUAUUUAUUGAGGGCUGAGCAGUGCUGCGGCCACUCCUUCACGCCUUCAGCGUCUGGUUCUCUGUGCCCUCCCAUCCA